AAUCCCCUUUUCGUGCGUUUUGAACAGAUGUGGUACGUUACGUACGGUAGCACUCGGAGAUCGAUGUGUGGAGGAAAAAGAUUGAAGAUUUUUCUAGUGAAAAUAACAAAAAUCUUUUUUGUUUUCAUUCCUUCACUUCUUACCGUUCUAGUGUACGAACCGACCAUGGACACCAAAUCAAAUCGGAGCAGGUGCCAAUAGACGGUGCACUCAAUUGAUACUUCCGACAGACACAAAGAAUAUUUGGCUAGUCCAACGAAUUCGUUGCUAGAUAUCAUACCGAGUGUAUUGACCAUCCGGUAUCGGCACUCACAACGCGAACUAGGUUUCGAACAAAAGGGUUCUCAGGAAAACAAAAUGAUUUCAGCCAGAGUGUACCGGGCAUCACUCUCCGUUCUCGUCAUCCUCAUCGGAUCCUCGUUCUACGGAAAUGGCAAGGGAACGGGCAUCGCGAUGACCUGUGUCGAAUCGUUCGCACCUCUUGCAAAACAGGGCCGUCGCAGCGGCGCAAGAACCGAAUUCCAGAAACCAGGGCCCUCUUGGUUGCCGCAAUCGCUGGCGUCGUCGUCGCCGUCGUCGCUUGCCGCGUCCCCGCCCCGCACCGAGCUUUCGGUUCCGUCCCAGGCCCAGUGCGAAAGCCUGGGAAUCCGGGAAUGGCCCCAGCAGAGCAAGAGCGGGUCGUGGACGGAGGCGGUGGCACCCGGGAAUUCCCUGGUGAGAUACGUCCUGGAGGGAUCCGGGUCUCUGGAAAUCGUUACGGACGGCGAAACCGAGAGGCAAUCCGUCCGGCCGGGGACCCUCGUCGAAAUCGAGUCGUCGGAGUCGUCGGGCGUCCAGCUGGAAUGGGCGUGCGACGCAUCGUGCCCGGAAAUGGUCCUGCUGACGCCCGGCUUCGAGGAGGGCGGCGUCUUCCUGGGCGUCCUGGCCGGAAUCCUUGUCUUGUUUGGAGUACUCCUGUCGGGGGCGCUCGGGUAGGUUCUCGGUGCCAAACUCACACCCAAAACAUGCGAAAGACUGUGUCACAAUGCAAACCUCAAAGGCCACAGAUUCGGGAAGAACUCAGAUUGCGUCUCGGUAAACGUGAUUGCGUUUUUGGCCAAGUCCGAUUCGAUGAAUAUCAAUAGCCAAUGCUGAAUUAGGAUGUGGGUUGACGGAGAGUCGGUGUUUUUCAUUUUAUUCUGUGGAAAACAACAUGAAUCCGAACUUUUGCAUUCGGUUUCAACGCAGGCUAACUUUUUUUCUUCCAUUCGAGCAACUUUUUGAGCCAGACGGAACUUAAUUUUGAUCGAUUGGACAAUACAUAGCGCUAUUGAAUACUUCUAAUGUUGUUAGUAUUAAGAAUAAGCUGACAUUGACCGU